CAGGGGGCUGGGGCAGAGGAAAGGGAGGCAGUAGGUGGGUCUGGGCCUGAGUCGCAGGAUGGGGCUGGAGGGGCCGAGCCAGAGACGCAAGGGACUGAAGCCGAGGAGGCCAGCAGUGCCGUGGCCAGAGAGGGGCAUGAUGGGAGCACCUCAGAGGAGCCGCUGUCCCCAGAGAUGGGGGGCGAGGAGGAGGCGUGGGGUGAGCCUGCACCCAGCUCCCCCGACGAGGGGCUGGCCAGCCCCACAGGGGAUGCUGCCUUUGGGAAGGAGACUGGGGCCCCCCAGCCGGGAGGCACCUCCCAAGGCCGAGAAGCCACUCCAGGUGGCAGCGCCAGGGCAGCCAGCGGCCCUGCCCCCAACAUCAAGAAGACUGGAGGUGCCAACGCCAUCAAGAACAUGCUGCUGGAGUGGUGUCGUGCCAAGACGCGUGGCUAUGAGCAUGUGGACAUCCAGAACUUCUCCUCCAGCUGGAGUAGUGGCUUGGCCUUCUGCGCCCUCAUCCACAAGUUCUUCCCUGAUGCCUUCGACUACACGGCCCUCGACCCAGCCAACCGCAGGGAGAACUUUGCCCUGGCUUUUGCCACUGCUGAGCAGCAUGCUGACUGCGCCCCACUGCUGGAGGUGGAGGACAUGGUGCGCAUGAGCUUCCCGGAUUCCAAGUGUGUCUACACCUACAUCCAGGAGCUGUACCGCAGCCUGGUGGACAAGGGGCUGGUGAAGACCAAGAAGAAAUAGGUGGAGGGGGGAAGCAGCCAGCUGGGGAAGCACAGAGAGCGUCCGGUGGCAUGGGUCUGUCCUGGAGCUCUCCUCAAACGUGGCAUCUCUUCCGCUGGUAACCCUCCACAGCCAUCUCCUGCCUGCCCCCUUCCCAGUGCUGCAGGGCUCAAGCGUGCACGAGAGACCCUGGCAGAUCCAGUAAAGCAGAACAGCUCCAA